CUCGUUGGCCGCCAUUUUCUUUUUCUGAAAAAGACGUGUGUGUGUCUCGGGAAGCGACAUUCGUAAACAAAAACGCUACGCGACACAAAAAACGGCCCUUGCUCGCGGAGCGUCGCCGAAGUGCUAUUCCUCUCGUGGUGCCCACCGUGGACCCGUGAGCGCCGACGAUGAGUGAUGUGGACAUCGGCAAACUCAAGGUGGUCGAACUGAAGGCAGAGCUCCAAGCGCGAGGCCUAGAUACAAAGGGCAACAAAGCGGUGCUCGUUAAACGUCUGCAGGAUGCCAUCGAUUCGAGCGAGUCCGGAGGGAACGCUGGACCAGGUGCUACCAUAACAAGCACUGACGAAGGGGACGAGUCGCAGAGUUCGGCCACCAACCAGGGUGGCAGUGGUGACGACGGGUGCAAUCAAGACGACGACUCGUCCAAGCAGGAGGAGGAAGUGAAAGAGGAAGAGCAGCUGGAGGAAGAGGAAGACGGCGCCCCAGCCAUGGAGGAGGAAGGGGACACAGCACCAGUCCAGGUGAAACAGGAGCCUGUCGACACGGAUGCUGCCGCGGCCGACGCCGCCUCUGUGCAAGUGAAUGGCGAGCAACAAGUCAAGGAGGAGCUGGGUGGAGGCGAUGCCAGCAGGGAUAACGCCGUCCAGCAAGGCAAACGAAAGAGGUCGCCCAGCCCACAGAGGAAUAGGGCAAGGUCUCCACAAGUGAAAGUUGAGGAAUUUCCGGAGGACACCUUCGACCUGACAUUGGUCACGCUCGAUACGUACAACUCUGACUUGAACCUGAGCAUAGACAAGAGCCGGUACGAGGCGGAGUCCCUGAGUCAGCAUGGCUUCGGCCUCAUGUGGGCCGGGGCAAGGGCCAGCUACGGUGUCAACAAGGGCAAGAUCUGCUUCGAGACAAAGAUCACAAAGUACCUGGAUGUCUCGCAUUUGCCCUCGGACGAGCCCACGCCGAAUGUCGCUCGAGUCGGCUUCUCCGUCGAAGACGCAUCUAUGCAGCUGGGUGAGGAACCACUGUCGUACGGCUACGGCGGUACAGGCAAAAUCUCAGUGGACUGCAAGUUCAAGGACUAUGGGGAACCCUUUGCGGAAGGGGACGUCAUUCUGGCCAUGGCAGAUAUGGACAGCGACCCCGUGCUGUUGUCGUUUGCCAAGAACGGCCGGCACCUCGGCACCGCCUUUGAGGUCUCCAAGGAGACGCUCAAGGGCCGAGCGCUGUUCCCCCACGUCCUGGCCAAGAACUGUGCCUUUCAGUGCAACUUUGGGCAGCUGGCGGAGCCCUGGUUCAAGCCACCCGACACUAGCUACACAUUCAUUGGCUGUGUACCGCUGGAUGAAAGGAUACGUGGAACAGUUGGACCACAGAAGAAGUCUGAGUGCGAGAUGAUCAUGAUGUGUGGCUUGCCUGGCUGCGGCAAGACGACGUGGGCCAAUGAGUACACGGGCAAGUUUCCCGAGCGCAAGUACAACAUCCUCGGCACCAACAACAUCAUUGACAAGAUGAAGGUGAUGGGCCUGCCGCGAAAACGCAACUACUCCGGCCGCUGGGACGUCCUCAUAGACAAGUCCACCAAGUGUCUCAACAAGUUGCUCGAGAUGGCCUCCAAGACGCCACGCAACUACAUCCUCGACCAGACCAAUGUGUACCCGACAGCACAGCGGCGCAAAAUGCGCCCCUUCGAGGGCUUCAAGCGUCGGGCCGUAGUGAUAGUGCCCACAGAUGAAGAGUUCCUCAGGCGGUGUCAAAAGCGAGAAAAGGAGGAAGGGAAGGACGUGCCGGACAUUGCCGUCCUUGAGAUGAAAGCAAACUUCGUGAUGCCCGAGCAAGGGAGCCUGUUUGACGAGGUGAUCUUCACGGAGCUGCCACGCGAGGAGGCCGAGCCCCUCGUGAAGAAGUACAACGAAGAAGGCCGGGCGGCAUGCGGACCCCCGCAGCAGCGCUUCCGGCAAGGCGGCUUCGACAACAACCACCGUGGUGGUGGCUAUGGCGGCGGCGGUGACCGUGGCGACCGUGGAGGUUUUAGGCCUGGCUUCCGUGGUGGGUUUGACCGACGGAGACCGUUCCAACGAGGAGGACCGCCUGGCGGUCCUGGCUUCCGUGGAGGACCACCACCACCUGGUAGGGGCUAUGGUGCACCACCGGGAGGACCCCCGCCGUAUCGUGGUGGGGGAGGGUUCCGAGGGGGAGGCGGUUACCGGGGCGGGCCCCCAGGAGGACCGCCGGGCCCUCCCAUGGGCAGCCGUGGCGGCCCGCCGCCGCCACCCCCAGGGCCCUCAAUGCGCGGGGGAGGAGACAUGAGGAGGGGUGGUCCACCACCCCCGAGGGGGGGAGGAGGAGGAGGAUGGGGCGGGCCCCCAGCACCUCGAGGCUACGGAGGCGGCAGGGGCGGACCGCCAAUCCCCCACGUACCACCACAAGGCCACAUGCCACCCCAGCAGCAGUCCUACGGCGGCUAUGGCGGCGGUUACAACCAGCAGUACCCAUCGUACGGCCAGCAAGGCUACGGGCAGCCGCCGCCUCCGCAGCCCCAGCCCCAGCCGCAGCCGCACUACGGCCAGCAGGCGCCCCCACCCGCCGGGGCCUACGGGCAGCCGGCCGCCCCACCGGCUGCGGCGGCGUACGGACAAGCUGCGCCGGCGCCCCAGCAGCAGCCGGCUGCGGCCUACGGCCAGGCCACCCCGCAGCAGUACCAGCAGUACCAGCAGCAGUGGAAUCAGUACUACCAAAACCAGCAGCAGCAGCAGCAGCAGCAACAGCAGUGGAACCAGUACUACCAGCAGCAGCAGACGUACGCGGCUGGUGGUGGCUACGCGCCCAUGCAGCAGAUUCCGCCCGCACGAAAGUAGACACGCACCGACUCAUGGCUACCUCCCCUGGCUACUCCCCCCCCUUCAACCCCUCUCACGUGCGCUUCCAUGGAAGAUGGACACCUCUCCUCCCCUUUCAGCCCCCUUUCUCAACCACGUGACACUUUUCGGGGCGAGAGGUGAGGUGUGGAGCGGCCACUGCCACCGGUCUCGGGGGAGAUGAGUGUAGCGAGGGUUCUAGUGGUGCAGCAAGUCUGGGCACUGAAAGGGGGGGAGAAACACCAUGCCGGUCAUGUUUUUGCUGCUGUAGCGUGGAUCUCGGGGCUGCUACAUUGCUGGUGGCUCUGGUUCCACCAUAUCUGUUUCAUUCGUUGACACUGUUCAUCAUGGACUGUGGUGAGAAAAAGACAAGCGGCGGCUCUGUGGAGGAUGGGGCCAGGUGUUUUCAUUUGUGCAUUGGAAAUCUGGCAUUCAUCCUUUUGUUUUCUUGGUUUUCGUGUUUUUGCUGGGUCUGAUCAAAGGCGUGACGCUAAUGGCUCUCUUGUUGUUUGCUGAAGCCUGCAGCUCCGCUGCGGUUACGAGCGCAGUGCUUGUUGUGUGGGGCAGGUUUUUCUGUUGUGGCCAGUGCGACGGUUGGGGAGGGGGACUAACUUGUGGAAAGGCUCCAGGGGAGACUCCUGACGGGUGCAAGUCGUUUCGAAGCCCAGGCUUCUUUUCUGAGUGGUCACUCAAGACCCAAGCAUGCUAGGCGCAUCUGCAAUAAGUGGGUGUCCCCUCUUAGCUGGUUGUGUGGACUUGGAAAUUGAGUUGUUGCUUAGUUGGGGACGUGUAAAAAAAAAAAAAAAAAAAGGGUCAUUUUCCAUUGUUCACCUCGCAAACAAAUUUUAAACCCAUUUUUUUGUUUUCACAUCUGACAGGACAAAGGUAAUGUUCACAUUUGGGUACAUCACAAAUGCCCUUGCCCUUUGGAGUGUCGCCCGCUUUUUAUUGGGUGGUAGUAAUCGUGUUCAAAGGAAUUGACCUACAUGCUGUAAUCUCGGAUGGUGGCCAUAAAGUAAGCAACGAUUGGCAUGCUCAAAGGAGUUGCAGCAUUUUUGCCUACAUUUCUUAGAAUUUGUUAUUGACUAGUUGACCGAUUGGGAGCUUCUUUUGCUGCCAUAUUUUCUUUUAUUGUGAACUUUUCAUUGUGCAUGUUUUCAUUCUAGGACAUUAUACAUUUCCCCCUCCCUGUAUGUUGAGAGCUAUGUACUUGUCGUUUUCUGCAACACAUCCCAAGGAUGCCAUUCUUGUAUUUCCUUAUUUUUCACUCAUCGUCUGCAUCUUGGCCACCAAUCCUGGCACCCCCAUCUGCUAUGACGUGCGCUUCAUCGAACAGAAUCAUGGGUCGGUAAUGUUAAGUGCAAAAUUGGCUUUGGUAGUUGAAUCUGUGGGGCGGUUCUAAGCUACGAUUGGCUCACUUGUGACCAACCCUUUUACUAAUCGCUUGUUCUGACAAGCUGUCGGUCAUUUUCUUGUUUAGUCAUUGACUAUCCCAUUAAAGUUAUCAAAAACUUCUCGCUGGAAGCUGUCCAACCUGCCCGGCAGGUUGGGCAGGUAGUGGGGGGAGGGAGGAGGUUGGCAGGGGAGGGGCAUUUGGGGCGGCUGCCACGACGGUGUAUUAACUUGUACAUUCUAAAGAACUUGACUAUAUCUCGAGCAGUUUGAUCAUGCCUCACACCCCUAUUUGUACAUCAACAUCUCUAAAUAAAAGAGUGUAAUAAAAGGAUGCAUUUCGGUACAAA